AUUAUGUCUGAUUGUGAAGGAUCCCUAAAUUGUUAACCUAUGCAUGCCUCUGCUGUGCAAGUGAAAGGCCUCAGGAUUAAGGGACAGCCUAGGCUUGCUCUUUCACCAUCUUACUGCUCCCUAUCUAAGUGAAAUCAGGAGAAUCUCGAUUUCCCAUCAUUCAUUGCUAACUGACUGGGAGAAAGGGAUGAAAGCAGAAGAUUUUGAAACUCCAGUUGUCCACAAUGCAGGAGUCACAUGGUUGAAGGCCAACUGGAGAUUCUCAAGCAGAUCCAAUGGUGCUUAGAAAAGUAUGGAGUGAAACCUGUCCAUGUGGAGAAGUUCGGAGCUGCUGGUCUCUUCUUUGUUUUUGCUGGCCCAAAGGGUGUAACAGGGACAGUACGGAUCCAUCCAGAAGGAGUGGUGACCCUCACACUUGAAUAUUUUGUGUGCAAUGGCCUCUCACCACUUUUCUCCACCAAGGAGCUGCAAAGGCUGAGGGAUGAAGUUGAGGAGAAGUUGAAAGCAUCUCGGUCACGUCUCCUACCACCUGUGCAAAGAGGACUUGCUGUUGACCCCUACCUAACCACAUCGGAUGAGCGCCUUCUGCAGUAUGACUUUGAUGUGAAGCUAUUUGAAGAAAGAACACCAUACCAGAAAGUGAUGAUCGUGCACAGCCCUAGCCUUGGAAAUGCAUUGAUUCUGGAUGAUCUGAUCAACCUUGCGGAAAGUGAUGGGAUCUACACUGAUACACUGAUGUUGAAGGGUCGCAUCUCAUACAAGGGCAAGACCUGUCUUAUUCUGGGUGGUGGUGAUGGGGCUCUGCUUCAUCAACUUCUCCAAGAGGACCCUGAUUAUAUCACCAUGGUUGAGAUUGAUGAGGUGGUAAUGCAGGCAUGCAGCAAACACAUGCGGAGUGUGUGUGGAGACUCCAUGGACUCUCACAAAGGACUCCAUCAUGAGAUCAUUGUGGGCGAUGCAGUGGCAACAAUGGAGGAAUACGUGAAGGAGGGUCGUCGAUUUGACUUCGUCUUCGGGGACCUCACAGAUAUCCCCAUCUCGACAGACCCAACGGCGGAACUGUGGCUCUUCUUUCGUCGCAUCUUGACUCUAGCGCUUUCCCUUCUCGCGCCCAGUGGAAUCUAUCUUUCCCAUGCUAACGGAGUGAGUUCCCACAAAGCCCUAUCCAUGUUUGAAGAGCAGUUGGGGGCUAUUGAUCCACCAGUGAAAUUCAGUAAAUGUUCGGCCUAUGUCCCCUCUUUCAUGGAGCCGUGGGUGUUCUACCAAGUUUGGUACAAGCAUUCUCCUCCCGUCGUCCUCCCCGACACACUUCAGUCCUCCCUCUUGUCCUGAUCUUGGCAUUCUCACAUAUGCCAUCUGUUCCCCUUUGCUCAGCCAAGAAUCUCUGUGAAGGACUUCAUUUUGUGUUGCCUUAUGUCUUCUGAUUAGUCACUUCUCUUGUUUUGGUUCCACCCUUGAGGUAGGUAAACAUAGAGCAUCAUCGAGACUAGAGACUAUGCCAACUGUCUUGAAUUGUGGAAUGUUGUCCACAUCUGCAUCUUUUGUGAUCUGAAUCCAUUGGUGCAAUCUAUUGUCGGUGCAAAGAAUGUUUUCCAGUCAAAAUACCUUUUUAGGCAUAGUUACUUAUGAUGUAGAUAGCUGCAUGAUCUGGCACUUUUUUGAAAGCAGAACAGAGUUUCUCUUGUGAUAUGCAGUAGAAGUAUGUCUCCCUUCUGCACUUAAUCUCAUGCUAUACAGUAUAUUAUUCUGUGAGACUUGCUGUCGAUCACAAAUUGAAGGCUUUUUAGCCCUAGUCCAUUCAGAAGUGUAUUUCAGAUUGAAAGACUAUCCAUACCUUCAUCUUUCAAUUGGUUUGUGUGUGUGUGUCUCCAUAAGUGAUAUCAUUAGCACUUUAAAAUUAUUGGAAGUACCAUUAGUGCCAACUAUUCUUGAGCUCUUGCAGUAGAACCAUUAAUCAAACUUGUGUUCAAAUUUAUUCAUAUUCAGUCUGUGGAUGAUGUGGAACUCCUCUUUGGAGUUGGCUUCAUUUGUCACAACUCUACUAUCCAGAGCUUGCAACAAAUCAAGUUAAUUGAAGUAGCCUAAAUGUAUUCAGUAAAAAGUGAACAUGCGAUUGAAUGUGACUCAUGGCGAAUUUCUUUGAGAUGGUGCUUGCUCUUGCACCAUCCUGAUGCACAUACUAUAGUACAGAAUGCCAAGACUGUUCACACCCAACUAGAAUGCUGCAGUGCACCUGAGUCAUGAUGGCAAUCAAUAGGUUGCUGCUGCUUUCCAUGUACCCACUUUGCUUCAGACUGCUAAAUUCAGGGAACAUCAAAUGUUUGCAUAUUGCCUCAUUUUUUGGUGAUGGUGUUUUGGAGGAGUCUCAAACCAUGAUUCAUCCAAGAGAAUCAAUUUUCUUGCAAUAAUUUGACACUUGGGGUGGCUGUUUCACUGUUGAGGAAAGUGCUUGUCAGUUGCACAAGUGGAUCAUAUUAGAAUUCCAAAGUGCAAUCCAUUCAGUCCUGUUGGACUGUCCUGGUAGUGGAAGAUAUGACUGCAUUAGUUUAUACCAGUGCAUCCAUUGGAAUUCGCUCAGACAUUCCCUGUGAACUUUUUUUUUUUAGAGCAUGUUCUUUGCUCUGCACUGAUCAUUGUUGACAAUGAAACUCAUUAUCAGAAAGGG